GUCACUAACCCCACCAGCCCUGCACAACAACAGCACCAGAAGUCCACAAUGCCCGGCUUCUCCCAGGCGUCAGAUUUGUCGGCUUGGAACGCCCUCCAAGACCACCACUCAAAGCUUGGAAAGGACAUUGUCCUGAGGGAGUACUUCAAGAAGGACCCGCAGCGCUUCGAGAAGUUCUCCUUCGUCUUCAAGAAUGACGCCGACAAUUCCGAGACGCUUUUCGACUUCUCCAAGAACUUCGUCACGGAGGAGACGCUGAAGCUCCUGGUCGAGCUUGCGAAGGAGGCUGGCCUUGAGAAGCUCCGCGAUGACAUGUUCGCUGGCGAGAAGAUCAACUUCACCGAGAACCGCGCCGUGUACCACGUUGCCCUCCGCAAUGUCACCAACCAGCCGAUGCAGGUCGACGGCAAGAGUGUGGUCGAGGAAGUCAACAGCGUGCUGGAUCACAUGAAGGAGUUCUGCGAGCAGGUCCGCAGCGGCGAGUGGAAGGGUUACACCGGCAAGCGGAUAGAGACCAUCAUCAACGUCGGCAUUGGUGGUUCCGAUCUGGGUCCUGUUAUGGUCUCCGAGGCUCUGAAACCCUACGGUGACCGCAACCUCAAGCUCCACUUCGUCUCCAACAUCGACGGUACUCAUAUUGCUGAGGCGCUCAGAGACUCUGAUCCCGAGACAACCCUCUUCCUCAUCGCCUCCAAGACCUUUACCACUGCCGAGACGACGACUAACGCCAACACCGCCAAGUCAUGGUUCUUGAAGAGUGGAAAGCAGGAAGAUAUUGCCAAGCACUUCGUGGCUUUGUCGACCAACGAGGCUGAAGUGACCAAGUUCGGAAUUGACAAGAAAAACAUGUUUGGCUUCUCAGACUGGGUCGGCGGACGGUACAGUGUGUGGAGCGCCAUUGGUUUGAGCGUCGCUCUCUACAUUGGCUUCGACAACUUCCACCAAUUCCUUGCUGGUGCCCACGCCAUGGACAUGCACUUCAAGAACACCCCACUGGAAAAGAAUAUCCCGGUCAUUGGUGGCUUGCUGAGCGUGUGGUACUCGGACUUUUUUGGUGCGCAGACGCACCUCGUCUCUCCCUUCGACCAGUACCUCCACAGGUUCCCCGCUUACCUCCAGCAAUUGUCCAUGGAGUCCAACGGAAAGGCUAUUACGCGCAGCGGCGACUACGUCAAGUACACUACCGGACCGAUACUCUUCGGCGAGCCAGCUACCAAUGCUCAACACUCAUUCUACCAGCUGCUGCACCAGGGCACCAAGCUCAUUCCCACCGACUUCAUUUUGGCUGCUCAGAGCCACAACCCGGUGGAAAACAACAAGCACCAGAAGAUGCUCGCAUCGAACUUCUUCGCUCAGGCUGAGGCCCUUAUGGUUGGCAAGACCCCGGAUGAGGUCAAGGCCGAAGGUGCUCCUGACAACCUCAUCCCCCACAAGACCUUUUUGGGCAAUCGACCAACAACGUCCAUCCUGGCCGACAAGAUCACCCCAGCAUCCCUCGGUGCCCUGAUCGUCUACUACGAGCAUCUCACUUUCACGGAGGGCGCUAUCUGGAACAUCAACAGCUUCGACCAGUGGGGUGUCGAGUUAGGGAAGGUUCUCGCGAAGAAGAUUUUGGCAGAGCUCGACGAGUCUGGCGAGUCGACUGCUCAUGAUGCCAGCACGAGCGGGCUCAUCAAUGCUUUCAAGAAGAAGUUGUAGAUGGGAACAUAGGGGUAUGGCAGGAAUGAUUACGCGUCCAUGACGGGCGACAAAAGCAAUUGUAAGGUUCCGGCGGGUCC